AUGAAACACUUAGGAACAAAUCCAAAGUGGAUAGAAAUCUCAGGAAACGUUGAAUUCCCAGAGGAAAUAGCUUCAGCAUACAAAACUAUUCUUCAGGACGGAAAGGAUUCGAUUGAAAAAGACUUUGCCACGAAUUUACAAACGGGAAAGUAUUUUGUGACACCUAUGGUUGUCCAGCCACGUGGCUUGAUGAACAGAGGGCUUAUGUGCUUCGCCAAUGCUUCAAUUCAGCUGUUAUUCGCUUCACCUCCUUUUGUUAGCUUCGCAAACUUUAUGAAGACGUAUUAUCCUUUGUUUUCAGACAAACAGAGAGAAGUUAUACCAUCAUGGACAGCACUAUACAAAUUCCUCAACAAUUUCAAGUUCUCAGACAGCGCUUCUUCAGAUGGCGUAUAUACCUCAUUGAAAUCCUUAGAUUUAAUAGACAAAGCUUCUGCAACUAAUACAGAUAUACUUAAUGAAGUAUUUGGCCCAUUCAACGCUAAGAGAAAGCCAAAAACUCAGGAAGAUGCUUCUGAAUUUUUGUCUUAUUUCCUUAACAAACUUCACGAUGAGCUUUGCUCUUUGAUAGAAUUAUAUCCAGUUCCAGAAUCUUCAGAUCCAAACAACCGGAGAACAGUUAUUGGAGGAAAAAUCCAACAAAUUGUCGAUACACAAGGAAAAUUGUCUCCUCUCUCAAAAAUAUUUGCCACUUUUGUUAGAUCAGAGACAUUAGAUCAUCAUAAAGUAAGAAGCGUCAAUGCAGAAGUUACAUUAGUUCUUCAACUACCAAUUUACGAAAUAAAAUCCCUCGGACAGGCCAUUAGACGCUAUCUUGAAGUCGAACAGAUCACAGAUACCAUUUCAAAACGAAAUCACUUGACAGCUCUUCCAAUGUCACUUAUUAUCGGUUUUACAAGGUUUGGAUUCAAUGACUAUGGUCCAAUGAAACUUACUGGUAUCGUCGAAUACCCAGAAAUUCUCAGACUCGAGGCUGACGACGAAAAAUUUUCUUAUCAGCUCAGUGCUGUCGUAGAACAUAUUGGAACAAGACCAGAUGCAGGACAUUACGUAUGCUACGCAAGAAGAUUCGAUGGACAAUGGCUGAAAUUCGAUGAUGAUAAAGUUUCUGAACUUGGUGAUGAAGGGCACCUUGGAUUGCAGGCAUACAUGCUCUUAUAUAAUAGAAUUACUUCUGAAUAA